AGGCCUGAUGUCCUGUUCCUGCAUGGCCAGGCGUUCACUUCCAAGACGUGGGAGGCCCUGGGCACACUGGCACUGCUUGCUGGAGAAGGCUACCGUGCGGUUGCAAUAGAUCUGCCUGGCUAUGGGGAUUCGCCCCCAGCGGAGAUGGUGGCCACGGCACAGGGCCGGGUGGCUCUCCUGGACCAUGUCCUCCAGGAACUGGGCAUGCAGAGGCCUGUUCUCAUCAGCCCCUCCAUGAGCGGCCGCUUUGCCCUGCCCUUCCUCCUGACACGGAAGGACCAGCUGGCUGGCUUCGUGCCCGUGGCACCCGUGGGCACCAAGGACUACACCGCUGAGCAGUACCGGCAGGUCCAGACACCCACUCUGAUCCUGUAUGGUGAGCGUGACACAAGGCUGGGUCUCCAGGCCCUGCAGAGCCUCCGGCACCUCCCCAGGCACCACGUGGCCAUGGUGCCAGAUGCUGGCCAUGCCUGCUACCUGGACAAGCCGCAGGACUUCCACCGGGCCCUUCUGGGCUUUCUGUACCAGCUGAAGAGUUCUGCUGAGCAGAGGACGGGGACACGGGCAUCCUGA